GUCGGAAUAUAUUGCCCAAGGCGCACACUAUGCAACUUUUGGAAGCGAUGACGGACACAUCAAGUCAAGUGCAACGCAAAGCAACUGGAAUUCCUCUUCCUCAUGUGCUUCGCCGGCGAUGAGCAUGCGCUCACUAUCGGCUGCUCGACAUCAACCAAUUCGUUUCUCUAGUCGCGUACCGCUAUCGAAGCAAGCUGUGGCAGUGUACAUUCCAGUCUGGUUAAAGCGCGUUUUCGUGUACUUUUCGAAGUUUCUGCCUUUUGGAAAAGCAGUUCCAGGUGAUAUUUUCGAAGAGACUGUGUUCCUUAAGUGUACCAAGGGCCGAGAUGGAGUCCGCCAGGUUGCUCCUUGCCAUAGGUGUAGUUUUGGCCUUCAUUAAUACAGUUUCCUGUCAAGAUGAACACCUGGACAUCAUGCCCCGUUUCAAGGUUGUGUCCAAAGCAAUCGGCGAAAAGAUGGCCCUCACGUGUAAACCUGUCGUUCGAGAUACAAGUCUCAUCACUCAGAUAGAAUGGUUGGACCCCAAAAACCGAAAGAUAGACUCAAACAGCAGAAACCAUAUGUAUCUACAGAAUCUACCAGGAGACAUUGGUUUGAUGGUAGUAUUCCCAUCUCUGAGAGCUGAACACGCUGGAACUUACACGUGUGUAGCGAAAUAUGCAAACAGUGUAGAUUUGAGAGCAAAUGUAACAGUCGAAACUUAUGAGGACAUAACCUUCGUGAGCGCUCCAGAGAAUCAGUACCCCAUAAUCAACACAGACUAUACCAUCAAAUGCGAGGUCAAAGGCAAUCCUUCCCCCACCGUUGACUGGUACAAGAAUGAGGUUAACAUUGUUACCCAAGAAAGAUACAUCGUUGUCAACGGAGGUCUUACCAUAAAGAAUGUUAGGGAAUCAGACGAUGGAGUUUACAGAUGUACAGCCGUUGUUAUAUCCACUGGUCAGAUUAAAUCUACGGAAAUAAGGGUUGAAGUGCUCAUUCCGCCAAAGAUCGAACCAAUACCAACAGUAUCAGUCACAGAAGGAGAAUCGGCCAUUGUGAAAUGCAAAGCCACUGGAAAACCUCCACCGAAAUACACGUGGAUCAAAGUAGGCACUUCUGAGGAUUUGAGGAAGGCCGACAGGUUCAAUGUGAAAGAGAUCACCGGCGAUCUUCUAAUCAGUAGGGUGGAAUUCAACGAUCAAUCUUCGUACAAAUGCGUGGCUGAAAACGAAGCAGGCUUAGCAGAGACUAGCGUUGAUCUGAAGGUGCUUGUAAAACCCAGAAUUUUCGAACUGAUCAAUGUAACCGCCCCAAUCCAUUCAGAAACGAGAAUAAUAUGCAAGGCCAAUGGCAGACCACCACCGAAAGUAGUUUUCCAGAAGUUGAGCAACAAGGAACCAUUCGAAUUCGGCAAACAGACCAAGGACAAAAGGAUCAACUUAGAUCAGACGAUAAUAACUGAGAAAGGAGAGAGCAUGAGCACAUUGGUCAUUUCGAAUUUGAACAGGAGCGAUGAUGGACUCUACAGAUGUAUCGCCGAAAAUAAAGCAGGAACGGCAAUACUGAACGGACACAUAACUGUAGAAUUUCCUCCGACUUUCGAAAGGACUAAGAACUUCCCGCCAACCUGGACCUGGGGUAAUAGACCCGGCAACAUUUCAUGCAUUCCCGAGGCCAUUCCAAACGCCACCAUCAAAUGGAUGCAUGGCGGUAUCGAGAUUAGGGAAUCCCCCAAUUACAAAAUCGUCGGUACUUCCCCGCGGUCCAACCUCAUCGUGUAUCCUGGCAACGAGAAGAGGUACUAUACCACAUACGAAUGCGUCGCUACCAACAAACUGGGUACGGACAAAAAAUCUUUCCCGCUUCAGGAAGCUUUCAGGCCAGAAAUGAUAAGGCAGGUGAAUCCGCACAGCAUCACGGCCACUACCAUCAAGUUCAGUGUUACUGGUCCAAUAAUAGAGGAUGGUUUACCUUUGAGGACCAUAACGGUGCAGUAUAAGCCGGAGAGGGAACUGACCUGGGAUUACGCAAGAAAUCAUACCUGGAGUUUUGGAGCGCCUUACAUACUGGAAGACCUACUCCCCGAGGUAACCUAUCAAUUCCGGUUCGCCGCUCGCAAUGACGUCGGCAUGGGUCAAUGGAGUAACACCGAGACCAUCUCCAUGCCGAGAAGAUCCGAACCCGCCGAGCCCAAGAUUCUUCUACCAGCGCACAGUAUAAUCGAUGACAACACCAGCAGCAGACAGGACAUGAUUGCAGUGAGCCCUUACGCUGAUCGCUACGACAUCAGGUGGAACGUCCCUAACAGCAACGGUGAUCCUAUCAUUCGGUACAUCAUUAGGUAUUGUAAGACUGAAAAAAUUAACGGAGAAUGGCGGGACAGCGACUGCAGCGAAGAAAUCGAACAGUCCGUUCAAUACACCCACUACGAAUUGACGAACCUGUUCGCCGACACCACGUACAAGGUAGAGUUGAGGGCCCAGAACGCAAUAGGGGCCAGUUCGCCGGCGCAGAUCAGAAUAAAAACUGCCAGAGGUGGGGUGCCAUCGACUUACAGUUCGGGAUGUACAAGUAAUUCCCUUAUUCCCCUGGAGAUGGCAUUGACAUUGUUGAUAGUGUUGCGUACAAACUCACUGAAAUGGUGCUUGAAAUAAGUAAUCUGGAUAGUGGCAAAUUCGAAUACAGGGGUUAAAUUGUGUGUUCUGAACUUUUUUUUAAUUAAUGAUCGGUGUAAAUAACUAGGAUGCAUUUGUUGAUGAAACUUUGAAGCAUAUGCAGAUCUGCAAGUUACCUGUUGAGCAUGUUAGUUUCUCUACUAUCGUACAAACGUUAGUUGAAGGGGAAAUGAUUAUCUUCCAUUAAUUUGCAUGAAUCUUAUCUAUUUUUCUCGCCAAAUUCUUCGCUUUCGUAUUCAUCGAUAUUCAAUUGGAUAAGAGAUAUCUAAAACAUAAUAAAUACGAAUUUCUGCAACCUUCUGAUGAUAACAGAAUUCAUUCAGUCAAUUCACUCAACUACGCCAUUUUAACGAUUAUGAAGUUUGAAACCAUUCAGUGCCUUUAAAUCGGAAUUAUUUCCACCCUGAUUUUGAGAUCCGUAAUAUCUAUUAAUUUGAGUUUUCCAAAAGCAUAUCCGGUUGAGUUUAUUGCAGAUUUGCAUGAUAAUUUUUGAGACUUAUUAACCGCAUGUUUGACGUUAUGAUCGAAUUAAAUGCUUAAUCUGCACGAGUGAUCCAUGGGGCAGCUGUUAUGUGAUGAAUCCGUUUUUAUUGGCUUACGAAUUUCUAUGUUGCUUUUUUUUUCGGUGUUACUUAACUGGCAUAAUUUUUUGAUCUUUAUUUUUGAAUUUGUUGUUAAUUGUGUUCAACGAUUCGUUAAUAUUUGAAAAUGCAUGUUGAUGUUUUUCGGAUCAUAUUGAUUAGGUUUACAUAUAAUUUCCUCCAACUUUUACCCUUAUGCGUAAAUGGCAAAGUAUUUAAUUUUGCGAACCCUACCCCGAUAUGUUACAAUGCUCUGAUCAUUAUUUCGUUGACAUGAUAAGAAAGCGCAGAGCAGCAUGCAGAAAAAAAAAUUAUAAUUUUGAGUUUGAACUGACGUUAUGUAGUAUUUUCUGUUUGAACUGGAAAUUACAAGUACAAGCUGGCAAUUUUAGAUAUAAUUUCCUGUUCGAACUGGCAUGCAUGUCCGUUCAGCGAUUUUGUAAUAUGAAGAUGGUAAUUUCAAUGGAUGUUCACGAAAUGAACUGAAAAGCAUAAAAAAGGGUAGUGUUGGAAGAAUUUGUGUUCAACCAGCUAAUGGAGUUGAUGAAUUUCUGUCGAAAGUGAUCAGAAAUUCUUAAUCUUAAACAAUUGCUAACCAAGUGUUUAAUCCUUGUUGACAAAUUAUGAAUGCAUUUUGAAAAUUUAACUGUUGUUUGUGUCAAAAAUGCACCAGGUCGUGCUCUGACUGAGAUUUUUACAUAUUUAUGUGAAGAGUGUUAAUAUUAGGAAAAAAAGUUAAAAAGUUAAGUUUUUCACCUAGAUAUGACAUAAUUUUAUCAAUAUAUUAGUGCAUAGAUUAGAUUUAUUAUUAGUAAUGGAAAUUGAGUCGUGUAUAAGUAUUUCAUGAAAGAAUCGGCAUGGUUGGAUGAUGAACUACUAUGCGUUUGUUUUGUAUACUUAACUUACCCACUAACAUAUUUUCGUAGGACUUCGUUUCAGUCACCAUUGUGAUCAUAUUAUGAUAGACUCUAGGAAUUCUAACAAAAUUCAUAAUUGAAUUCCGACCUUUUUGUAGUUUUUUAGUUUUCCAUUUCGCGUGUAUGGAAUACUAUUAUGCAUUUCAGGUAGUAGAAUUUUGUUUCAAUUUCUUAAUUGUAUAGGUAUGUACAGUGAGCAUGAAUUGAGUCGCAUGUUUAAUUAUGUGUUGUUGCAAACAACUUUCAUACUUACGCGUCCUAAAUAAUAGAAAUUGUUGAAGGUAAUGAUUGUAGAAAUCACCAUUGAUUCCAUGCAUGCACAAAUUCAUCGAAUUAUUCAAAACUAUCCAUCAAAAAGAGAUUCAUUUCGUUUUAUAAUUUUCGAAGUAUUGCUCAAUCGAAAAAUUCAUGAAUAUUCAGAACUUCAAUCUACAUAUCUGUGUAAGUGUAAGGGUUGUUUUGAUAAAUGGUUACUGUUAUGUCCUGAACAUGAACUCAAUAUGUGGAUACUUUAAGUUAAGGAACCAUUGUAUAAAUAAAACAGUUGAAAUGUCAACCUGAAGUUAAUUAAAUUAUUCAACAGAUAA